AUGAAGAUGAAUUACAAUUCUUAUUGGAAAUUUAUGUUUGUGUUCCUGCCCUUCGUAGAUGCUGUGCAGCGUUUUGUUGAACUGCCCAAUUACACAGAGGUGAAUCCGGGGGAAGACGCAUUACUUAAAUGCCGGAUAUCCGAUAAGAAAGGUGUUUGUUCAUGGCAGAAGGAUAAUAAGCCGGUCGGUAUCUACAGAGGGAAGUAUGAGUGGGCCAACGAAGACAGUCCUAUGGGCGGUGACUGUUCGUUGUGGGUGAGGGCGGCAACGUUACAGCUGGACGAUGGUCAGUGGCAGUGUCAAGUAACUGCUAGCAACUAUGAUGUUCAGGAUGCUCUCUCGAGUCCUCCAGCCGCUUUAGCAGUUCGAGUACCGCCUCAAACCCCUCGUAUUCUAUACAAUGGAUCGCACAUUUUACCCGGACAGAAUAUAACAGUCCCGGCUGGGGGCCGCGCUACUGUUGCAUGCGAGGCUCGAUAUGGAAACCCUCCCGCUUAUAUCGAAUGGUAUUUGGAAAAGGAACGUCUAACAGCGUGGAGUCAAACGAACUCAUCGGAAGUGGAGCGACCGCGGGUUUGGGCGGCGCGGUCCGUGCUAGAACUUGGUGCUACGAGGGCAGCUCAUGGGCGGCAGCUAGCGUGUAGAGCCCACCACCCUUCUUACCCUUCACCGUAUUACAGGGAUUUUUAUACUAUGCUAGACGUUACUUUUGUUCCGGAAGUUUCGAUUGUUGGUGCAGACUCAAGUUCCCUCGCUAGCUUGGAAGAGGGUUCCAGUGCUUUAACACUGGAGUGUCGCGCGGACGGCAACCCGAGCCCGUACGUGUGGUGGACCAAGGAUGGGCAGGUCAUCGCUACUAACGGAGCCAAGCUGAUCAAAGCUCCGAUAUCGAGGAAUGAUUCUGGUAUAUACGGAUGCCAGGCAAGGAACUCCUUGGGAACAUCUGAUUCAGUAAAAAUAGAAAUAGAUGUCAAAUUCCCUCCGAGAGUUACGUGGGUGGGUCCAGACACGGUGGUAGAAUCGAAUCUGUUCUCGGAAGUGACGUUAGAAUGUAAGGCGGAAGGCAAUCCGACGCCGUCAUACCAGUGGUAUCAUAAUCCAAACCUAUCAGCGAUGAGUGGACACUUAGAGGACGGAUACCCGAUAUCCUCUACGCCGCAACUGUUGCUGCACAACGUGUCGUACGCGCAGCACGGCCGCUACACUUGUAUCGCCACCAACCAUAUCGGUCUCGAAGAGAGGUCGCACCAGUCCGAGCCCAUCACGCUGUCGAUCCUGGGCCCGCCGGUGGGCGCGGAGGCGGGCGCGGAGGCGGGCGCGGCGCACGCGUGGCGCGGCGGCGAGGCGCGCGUGCAGGCCGCCGUGUGCGCCGACCCGCCGCCGCGCCGCGCCGUCUGGCUGUGGGGCAGCGUGCGCGUCGACGUGCCCAUGCAGAUUGGUCGGUACAAGACAUUAGAGCCGUCGCACACAAACGGCUGCUACCGCUACACGCUGCUGAUAAGCGCGACGGGCGCCGCCGACGCGCGCGUGUAUGUGCUGCACGUGGAGAACGAGCGCGGGUUCUCCUCGCACUCCGUCUCGCUCACUGUGCACGAUAAUUUCUCCCUAACAGAGACAGCGCACGUCGCGCCUUUGAUAGCCGCCGCGCUGCUCGGCGCCGCGCUGCUCGUGCUCGCGCUCUGCCUCGCCGUGCGCUGCAGGCGGCGGAGAGAAAGCGUCGAGUACAAGACUGAUGAUUUAGAUAGUGAGAAGACAGUACUACCAGCCGACGCAGUAUACUCCCCGCACGACCAUCCUCGCACACGUACUGACAGGGGGCCUGCACCCCCCAUGGGGAGCGUCGGGGGUCCGGGGGGUGUUGGAGGUCCUGGGGGUCCGGGGGGCCCGGCGGGUCCGGGGGUCCAGGCGCGCUACUCGCCUGCAGCGCUGCAAGUACGCCGCGCCGCCGUCGUGCUACAACCCCCCACCACCGUG